GCACUUCGAUUUGAUCCAACCUCCUCCUCAACCUUUUCCUUUCCUCCUCGAACCUCAGGCAGGCAGGCCCCAGCCCCAGCUCAAUCACAACUGAUUGGCUUCCAGACGCUUCUGGUUUACGCGACUGAGGGCGUCGUCUGCUUCUACAAAUACCAAGUUUCCUUUCUAUAGCUGCGGCUGUCAGUUUCGAGAGCGCCUGUUCGAUAAUCGCGAGCUAGUUUUUUUAAUCUUGUCUUUCUCGGCUACUCAUGACGCAUUCGCAUUCUCGAAGCUAGUAGAUCUUCUGGAACAACCAAUGGAAGGCGUUGAAACGUGGGACUCGCCCUCGACCCUCCGAACGCCGAAUUUCCCGGCGCUAAACACGGACAUUGACUAUUUCAAUCCCCACGGUGGCCUUCUUUCAAGUUUGGACUCUCCCGAUAGCUGCAUCCUGCACGGCGCGCCUCUUUUGGACCAGCACCUAACGAAAUCGACAGGUUUUCUCACCGAUUCGACUCUCUUCGAUUCCACAGCGAUCGACCCCGCCGAGGCGGCAUUCAUGGCUGGCGAGAACGAGAUUUCGCAAGCAGAACUCGACAACUUGGCCCAAUGGAUCCCACAACUUGCCGGCGCCGGGGGCGGGCCGCAACCACCAAUCGACGAGAUCGCGGCGGAGCUACAGUCGCUCGACGCGAAGCAGUUUCUGCUACAGCAGCAGAUGACGCACGUCGCCGCCGCCGCCGCCGCCGCCAGUGGUGGUAGUUUGCCUAUCCGAGACGGAGAGACGGACCUGUACGCGGCGUUUGUGCAACAACAACUUCAAGUUGCGGCUGAAAUGCACCGUGAUGGCCCCACCGCCGCCGCGGCCGCGUUUCAAGGUCGGAAAGAUGAAGGCUUCGGCGCGGAGCUUUCGCCGAUGGCGGGUUUUCCCGGCAACAGCACGUCCGGAGGGAAUUUCGGGGCGACGAACGCUCCGCGGCCGCGGCGUGCCGCUGCCGAGCCGCUUUCUGCUCUGGGGAUGAUCGAGACUAACUCUGCCGCUGCUGGUCGCAGUAACGCGCUGGAAAUCCGUCCUGCCUCUCCACCGCAAUCCACGGCGCAAUUCUCGCGCGCGGCGAACCAACUUGCGAUAGGAAACGCCCCCGGCGCGUCGACGCAGUGGCCUCCCUCAGAGGCUUCCGCGGGAGUUCAGAUCGGCGCGAAUUGGCUUCAGAACCAGCCGCAACAGCUGAGAAUCGAACCCACGCCAGCACAAGAGGUGGGGGGAAUUCCAGCGGACGAGCUCGAGGCGCUGUUUCAGCAGAUCCCGGCUGAUCUCGCCCCGGAGGAGCGCAUCGUGCUGGCAGCGGCGCUGAUGGCGGAGGUGCAGCGAAACAACGCCGCGACUCUUGGCGGCGUCGGCCACUCGCAGCACUCGCAGCGGCACCAGCCGCAGCACCAGCAGCACUCUUCUGGAAGAGCCGCUAAUGCUAGUGGCAUCGCUUUCGCGCCGACGCCCGUUGUCGGGAAUCUGGCAGUGAAUGCUGCGGCGAUUCCUGGCGGUCAGCCUUCUGCAUUUGCAGAAGAGCCGCAGCAGAGGCUCCUUAGCACAAGGCUGCAGCCUGAAACCCGUUUCAAUGACCCCGCGUCUCUACAGGGGUUUCCUGAAUUUCCGGCCGAUUUCCAGGACAUAGCGCAAUGCAUGAGCGGUCGUGUGAGCUCUGAGGCGUUUGGCGCCUCUGAGUCGAGCGCGGAGAGGGUGGCGUCUGCCCCAGGUGGUGGUGGAAUGGCCAGUGGGAGCAGGGGAGAGCCCGGGGCAUCGGGUGCUGGCAGGGGUGGCGGUGGUGCGAGCGGUGGCAAUGCUGCGCUGAAGGCCAUUAGGCCUCGGUCGGUGAAAGAGAGGAGGCGGAGAGAGAGGAUAAGUGACUGUCUGAGGAGGCUGAAGACGGCCAUUCCUCAGGAGAUUCUUGGGGAUAGGCAGGACCUUGGGUCUAUGAUUGAAAAGUCAGUCAGCUACAUUCAUACGCUCCAGGCCCGACUUGAUAGCCUGGAAUCUAGUGACAAGGGCAAGGGUAGGAAGGACGAGGAAAUUUGACCCCUUUAAACAUGAAAUGACCUAAAUAUACGGGGAAGGUAACUCAUGUUCGGACCAUCUUGUCACACCACAACUUCGAGUGAACGUAUAACGAGCAUGCUGUAAGGGCCAGCUCG